CGGAAUGGAGCAGCUGGGGGUGGAGCCCGCGGAGGAAGCUGGCGGUGACGAGGAAGAGGACGCGGUUCAGGCCAUGGAGCGGGUGGAGGCGGGGGAGACCGGCGGCUCGCCCGGCGCGCCCGGGCCUGAGGAGCCCGGCGGCCUCACUUGGUUGGUUCCAGAAGGAAGUUCUUCAUCCAGAGUCAUAGUACACGUGGAUCUGGAUUGCUUUUAUGCACAAGUAGAAAUGAUUUCAAAUCCGGAACUGAAGGGCAAACCUUUAGGAGUUCAGCAGAAAUAUUUGGUGGUUACCUGUAACUAUGAAGCUAGGAAACUUGGAGUUAAGAAACUUAUGAAUGUCAGAGAUGCAAAAGAAAAAUGUCCACAGCUGGUAUUAGUUAAUGGAGAAGAUUUGACUCGUUACAGAGAGAUGUCAUAUAAGGUUACAGAGUUGUUGGAAGAAUUUAGUCCAGUUGUUGAGAGACUUGGAUUUGAUGAAAAUUUUGUGGAUCUAACAGAAAUGGUUGAGAAGAGACUACAGCAGCUUCAAAGUGAUGAACUUUCAGCACUGACUGUGUCGGGUCAUGUAUAUAAUAAUCAGUAUAUAAACCUGCAUGACAUCGUGCACAUCAGACUACUUGUUGGAUCUCAGAUUGCAGCAGAAAUGCGGGAAGCCAUGUAUAAUCAACUGGGUCUCACUGGCUGUGCUGGAGUGGCUUCUAAUAAAUUACUGGCAAAAUUAGUUUCUGGUGUUUUUAAACCAAAUCAGCAAACAGUGUUAUUACCUGAAAGUUCUCAAGUUCUCAUUCAGAGCUUGAGCCAUGUAAAGGAAAUGCCUGGCUUCGAGUCCUUUAGUGAAGAAGAUUCAUUUAAAAAAUGUUCAUCAGAAGUCGAAGCUAAAAGUAAGAUUGAAGAACUACUUGCCAGUCUUUUGAACAGAGUAUGCCAAGAUGGAAGGAAGCCACAUACAAUCAGAUUAAUAAUCCGUCGGUAUUCAUCUGAGAAUCACUGUAGCCGUGAGAGUCGUCAGUGCCCUAUUCCAUCUCAUGUGAUUCAGAAGUUAGGGACAGGAAAUUGCGAUGUGAUGACCCCAAUGGUUGAUAUACUUAUGAAACUUUUUCGAAAUAUGGUGAAUGUGAAGAUGCCAUUUCAUCUUACCCUUUUAAGUGUGUGCCUCUGCAACCUUAAAACAUUAAAUACUGCUAAGAAAGGAACUAUUGAUUAUUAUUUAACACCAUCAUUAUCAACAACUUCACGGUCUGGCAAGCGCAGUUUUAAAACGAAAGACAGUCAUAUGGAGGAUUUUUCCAAAGACAAAGAAACAAAUUGGGAUUUUCUACCAUCUGGAAGAAUUGAAAGUACAAGAACUGGGGAGGCUCCACUAGAUACUAAUUUUUCUAAAGACAAAGACAGUGAUGAAUUCCCACUCUGCUCACUUCCUGAAGGUAUUGACCAAGAAGUCUUUAAGCAGCUUCCAGUAGAUAUUCAAGAAGAAAUCCUUUCUGGAAAAUCUGGAGAAAAAGUUCAAGGCAAAGGAAGUUUGAGUUGUACAUUACAUGCCUCUAGAGGAGUAUUAUCUUUCUUUUCUACAAAACAAAUGCAAGAUAGCCCCUUAAAUCCUACAGAUCAUUUAUCCAAUAGUAAACAGAUAUCAUCUGUGUCUCCCUGUGAACCAGGAACAUCAGGUUUAAAUAGCGGUAGUUCCUCUUCUCCGUCUAGCCAAAAGGAUUAUUCACAUUAUGUAGACAGUAGAUUAAAAGAUGAACGAAUGAGUCAAGGACCUAAACAAUCUCAAGGAUUUCAUUUUUCAAAUACAAACCCUGCCGUAUCUAUUUUCCAUUCAUUUCCAAAUUUGCAGAGUGAGCGACUGUUCUCCAAAAACCGCACUACAGAUAGCCAUAAGGAAUCAACAGUGACAGUCUCUCAUCAUGAAAGACUUACAGAAAAUAAAGAGCAAGAUUCUAGUGAUGAGAAAAUUACCUUUCCUUCUGACAUUGAUCCUGAAGUUUUCUACGAACUACCAGAAGAGGUACAAAAAGAGCUGUUGGCCGACUGGAAGAGAGCAGGGUCAGAUUUGCCCAUUGUACAGAAAUAAGCAUGUUCAGAAAAAAGGUCUAGAAAGCAAAGGAAAAGCCAUUGUUCUCAGAUUUAGCAGUUUAUUAAGCUCCUCUAAAUUAAACACUAAUAGAUAUUCAAUAAUGUAGAAAUCCAAUAUAAAAUGUUCUAGAUAAAAGCAAGUGUAGUUAUGGGAAGUAAAUUCUGGCACAAAGCAUAAAAAUAUUCGUAACAGAAGAAAUAAUGUAAAAUUAUCUUAUUUCUAAAGCUAUUUUAUAUUGCUUUUCAAUAAAAAGAAUACCAUGGUUAGUAUUAGUACAUUUCCCAUAAAUUGGGGAGGGGGGAAGGGGGAGAGAUAUACACCUAUGUGUAAAAAAUAGACUAGCCAAAUCAUUGCUAUGACAGCAAAGAAGAAUUUUUUUUCUGUGAAAUAUGGAAUGGCUCAAGAAAUUCAGCCCAUUAGGAAACUUCCAAAUAAGAAAUUCUACUGCCAACUACUAAAUAUUCAGAUAUCUUUGACUGAUGUACUGUGUACCAUUUAAUAAAAUGAUUUUUAAAUACCAAAGCAA